UCCCUUUCUUUGGAGAUUCAUUCUGAGCAGGCCGGUGGUAGGGUUUCAUCUGAGGCUCGGUUGGAGUAACGUGUUGUUGAAAAGGCUUUUCUUCAAAUGGUGAAGGCAAGGGAAAUAUUAGAAGCACAAUUAUGCGAUAGCUGCCAGCUUGAGAGAGCCACUGCUUACUGUGAAAUGGACUGUGCUUUUCUUUGUGACCACUGUGACGCUGUCUUUCACGACAAUGACACGCAAGCAAGAAGCCACGUAAGAAUUUGCACCACGGCAGGUGUACUGGAAGCAUAUUCCGGACCCAGAAAGCAGCAAAAGAGAAACAUUCAACACACUUCCUUUGGAGAAAGAUGUUUUCCGUUUGAAAGCUUCUCCCUCGAGCCUAGCACCUGUGGAGAAGAAAAUCUUAGCGACUUAUAUUUGCUAGAUUCCACUCUUUUUUCAAAGAAUGUACGCAGUGGUCGCAAUCAGGCAAACUCUUUAGAAGCUUUAGAAAAAUUGAGCCCGACGGAUUCCCUCGUCCCGGAGUAUUCUUCGGGGGUUGACGAUGUUUGUCGUCUGUUUUUGAGAGAUGAAGAGUCUUCGCCACAAACCUCGAGUGAAGUUUCUAAUUGUCACAAUGACGCUCUUGAGUUCCGAAAAAAGUCACAUUCUAGGGUGACUCUACCUUCGUCGGUUGAUAGCAUGUGUUCUGAAGAACAAACGUUGAUAUCUGACAUUUCAGAUAGCACCAGAGAUAUAGAAAGCCCCGAGCCAAGCUUUAUAUUGGAUGAUAGAAAGAGACGAGAGGAAGAAGAGGAGGAAGAAGCUGAAGCUUGUACGGAGGCAAAAACAGAAAGACGUCGUAUUGCUCUAGAACGCUUCCGUCAGAAAAGGUCUAACAGAUGUUAUCAAAAGAAAAUUCGCUACGAGUGUCGAAAGAGGUUGGCGGAUGUGCGUCCUCGUAUAAGGGGCCGUUUUGUUAAGAAAGAAGAGUUCCAAGCUUUGUGUUUAGAAACGGGUGACGCAACAGUCCCAAAUGUGUACUAGUUAAUGAGUGAUGAAUUAUAAGUUUAUGAAAAUUUACUUCAACAUUUCUUCGAUGCUCUAAUAAUUGUUUUGAUUGGAAUAUUUGGAUAGGGAGUGGGUUUGAUUAUAAAAGAAAUUUUAAAAUA